UGGCUCUUGGUGAAGGCGCCAACUUCGCAGCAUACGCUUUUGCUCCAGCAUCUCUUGUUACUCCACUCGGUGCCCUGAGCGUAAUCAUAUCCGCGGUGAUGGCAUCAAAUUAUUUAAAUGAAAAACUCAAUCUUCUGGGAAAAAUCGGUUGCGUACUUUGCAUUCUAGGCUCAACUAUCAUCGUUAUACAUUCACCAAAAGAGAAAGAGGUUGAAAAUUUAGAGAUUUUAUUUGAAAAAUUGCAAGAUCCAGGAUUCAUUUUCUAUGUGCUUUGCAUACUUGGCUCAACAGUGUACGUAGCACUAUUUAUUGCAGCGAGAUAUGGUCAUUCUAAUGUUGCGGUAUAUAUUUACUUGUGCUCCGGCAUUGGCUCACUGACUAUGAUGUCAUGCAAAGCGCUGGGAUUGGCCAUACGCGAUACCAUAAAUGGUACUGGAAACGAUUUUGCCAUUUGGAUGCCAUGGUUUCUGAUUUGCGUUACUGUUACUUUCAUUGCUAUACAAAUGAAUUAUUUAAACAAAGCGCUGGAUGUAUUCAAUACAGGAAUUGUAACGCCCGUAUAUUAUGUAAUGUUUACAUCUCUUGUCAUAACAGCCUCUGCAAUACUUUUCAAGGAAUUUACACACAUGCGUUUCGAAGAUAUCUUGGGAGAUAUUUGUGGAUUCUUUGUGGUAAUCUUAGCUGUAUUCAUGUUGAAUGCUUUCAAAGAUUUGGACAUCACAUUGAAUGAUGUACGUAGCAUUGUGGAAGAAUACAA